AUGGUGUGUGAUUUUGAAGGUGACACUGCUAACUGGGACAUGAUGAAGGUGAGAUGCACUCUUGUCCCUCCCGAAAAGAUGCAAGCACGUGCCACAAGAGCUCAGCACAAUGGCACUCUUUACCGGCAAAAGCUUAAACACAUUGGUGAAAAACGAAAAGAUGAAGAAGAGCAAUUUGGCGAAGUCAAAACAAGAAAGUAUGACGCCCUAAACUAUGUAGCAGCCCCAUUUGAGCUUAAGACAAACAUCUGUGUGGAACCGCAGCAGUUCAACAUUCAAACGAAAGACUUCUUUCUACCAUCACUACAACAGAUUGGUGACAGUAUCAAAGACAUUCGAGAAUUCUACUGUCCUCGUGGUAAACUUAGCAUUGUGCCUAAAAGCCUUACCGCCAGUCUAAAGAGGAUCACUGAGAAACUUGUAACUUUCCUUCAAGAAGAAACAUUUUCUUUGUCCCAAAACAGUGGACUGAUAGACACAGCCAAACCAAGACUUCUUCAAGAAACAGAUGGUUUCAUCUUUAUCGCUAAGACAUUGUGUUUUCCAUUAAAUAUACCGUACAGUGAGUUGCCAUCAGAUAUCCGCUGCGACAUUGUCUUGAUGCUCCCUUCUCAACCAGCAUUUGUGCUGACUGUAGUUGAUAACGACACCACAGAAGCAAAGAAAUACGUCAGUGUUGCUAGAGGGCUGAUCACCUCCCUCAAUAGGUUCAUUGACGAUGACUUUUCAGCAGUGUUUGGUGUUGUGUGCAAGUCUCAUCUUGACUCAUGGGAUACAUUUCAAUCCAAGUUGAAGACGCUUGCGCAUUCAUGUAGCAGAUUUGUUACGUUUGACUCCCUUUACAUGUCAGAAGGAAAAUAUGAUAAACUCAUUACUUCUUUUUGGGCUUCAGUUGCCAAAGUAGAGCCUGGCGAUCAGUUUCCCGACGCAGAAAGGAUUAAUUUCCUAACAAAAGAACAAUGCACAGUGUUGUUAGAAAAUAUGAAUUCCAAAUAUGUGUUUGUGUUGACGCUUCCAAAGUGUGGUGGAACUACUCUGAUGUUGGAAGUUGCUAGAAGACUUCAAAACUUUCUACCAACCUAUCUCAUGGUCAAAUCAGUGGAAGACAAGUCCAAGUACAGAGGUUUGUGUGAGAGUGUUUCAACGGCAUUGAUUUCUGAAAGUCCUGCAAUAACAGAUGUCUUGGACAACAACUGCGAGUCCGAGAGAGCCGCUGUCACAGAAUCAAUUCUACCUUUGCAUGAUCACGAAACCAUCAAAAUUACGUGGACCUUCUACAAUCAGAAAUAUAAUCUAUGUUAGACUAACUGAACAAAUCACUGAGAAGUAUUUUCGCAUGACAAUGUACCAAUACAUAUGAAUGUAAUACAAACCUGAAAUGAAGAUGUCAUUUUGUAGAAGAUUAUUA